AUGGAAAACGAAAGUUUACCUGAAACUAAAAAAAGUGAUAAUAAAGAUUAUGUAAAAGAAAGUACAUCAACACAAGAAUUGCAACUUCCUCAUGUGUUCAAAUUAUAUCUUGUAGAUGUAGAAAAAUCAUUAAUUCAAGCAUGGGAGGAAGAAUUAACAAAAAUUUCAGAAAAAUUAACACCAACGAAUUCAACUAAACGUUUAACGGUACAAAUUUGUAAUAGCACAUUUCAAUCAUUAUUACAAACAAAUCAGGUUGAUUGUCUAGUAUCGCCAGCAAAUUCAUUUGGAUUAAUGGAUGGAGGACUAGAUUAUUAUAUAACAGAAUAUUAUGGUGGAGUAGAUGAAUUGAUUCCCGUUGUACAAAAAGAAAUUGAAAAGGAAUGGUGUGGUGAACAAAAUGUUGGCACUUGUACGCUGGUCGAUUUACGCGAUUUAAUCAAAAAAUUAAAAGAAAACCAUCCAGAUUUAUCAAAAAAGAACCAAUUUCCAGGUUAUUUGGCCCAUUGCCCAACCAUGAGGACUCCAAAAUCAUUAGAUUCUCAUGAUGAUAUUGUUUACCGUUGUACUUGGGCCAUGUUAACUUCUAUUCGUAAACAUAAUGCAGACGUGUUGGAAAAUCCUAGUGGAAAUCAUGAACGUAUAAAUAGUGUUAUUUGUACCGGAUUUGGUACUGGAGUUGGAGGUUUUUCGGAAAUUACUUGUGCUAAACAAAUGAUGUUGGCUGUAAAGCAUUUUGUUGAAGCUCCUGUAAAUAAUGAAACCAAGAGAAUUAUGGAUGAAGGUUGGGGAGGUAAAUGGCUAAUACAAUGGUCAUAUGCAAGAAAAAUCGAAAGUUCUGUAAAUUCUUCUCAAUUUCGUAAAGGUCGUUAUUAA